GAGAUAUUUCCACUUUCUUUGCCUUAGAACUUUGGACAGUUGGACAGCGUAUUAGUAGCUAUUCCCUUUAGAGGUCUUAACUCUGACAUCAUGAGUGGAAACACUCCAGCCGAUAAAGGGGACAGCAGUGAUGAGUAUUGUGGUUCUUCCUCAGGUAGUUCCUGCUCAUUCCAGGAAUGCUGGGAGUCCAAUGUGCCCGAGCUGAUCUGCAAGGAGGAGUCCUUGGAUGAUGACCUUCCUGAUUCUGAGCUUGCCAUGGAGCCUUCACCCUCCCAAGACAUGGAAAUCAAAGGAAUCAUGUCCCGCAAAGGCAAAGGCGGUAGCUAUGCCAGGGGCAGACAGAGGGCUUCUAUCAUCAAAGCUGGAAGAGGAAAAGGAGAUCCUCAGCAGGCCACUAGAAAGGAUCUGAGAAAGACCGAAGAAAAGGGGGAUACUCUGCUGGCAAUCCAGGAAGAAAAGGAGAAGGAGAAGGCAGGGGAGGCCAUGUCUGAGGAUGUCGAGAACAACAAUGACCAGCCACAAUCUGAGGCCACCAUGGAGAAAGAGGGCGAAGGUGGUGGUGACUCCUUCGGAAACCGCGCGUAAGCGGCAUCAGCCUGGAGAAGGAAGAGGCCCUGAAGAUCCAGGCAGCAAGGACCAGCUGGCCUAGCUUGAGGAUGAUGGAACAGCAGCCCUGAAGGAGCCCAAGGGCAGCAGAAACAGCAGCCAGGGCCGGCGGCACCCACCAGUGCCUGACCCCUCCUGGGGCCCCAUCCUCGAGCCAGCCCCACCAGGUCCUCCCCCUCGGGAUCUCGGAGCAUCUGCUCCCGUGGCCUCCUGCUUGGCCUCUCCAGGCUCCUUUGCUCCCUCUCCUUCAUGCUUUCCCACUUCCUGCGGUCUCCCAGGAGACAUAGUCAAACCUCCCUAGUUGGGCUUUUCUCACUUUUUGACACCUUUUUUCAGUUGAGCAUUAAAAAAAAGCAAAUUGC